AUGCGGCCCAAGCAACGCCCGCCGCUCCGCUCCCACAGCAACACACACACACGCAACGCGGCUCCUUCCAAAGUCGGCAGGGAAUCUGAAGGCAGUGUCGACCACGACAAUCAACGCGCUCCGGUCCGAACCAUCGUGCGUUUACACAUCGUCCUUCUUGCAUGCCUUCAACCGGAUCCAUUGUCAGCUGCCGACGACCAGAGCAACGCUGAUUCGCCUGCGGCACGUCGCGACAUCUUCCGCCCGCUCGAUAAAGUUCGUUCAGCGAUAGCAAUCUCUGCGCAGCGGACCGGCUUGGCUGCGAUUCCUUCCUCCCACCCAGCACGGAACCAAAGCUUCUCUCCAGGAGUCAACAGCUUGCGCUCCGGCCUUCGCUGCUGCCACCAUCUUCGUUCCUUACAUUCUCCACUUCAUCCGGAGAGGCAUCAAGGUCUCCCACACCUCCCAUUCCAGCUUGCCGUCAAGAUGGCCUCCGGCAACAGAUCCUUCUUUGCGCCGCAAGAGACGCGCGUCGACUUGCCCCAUGGUGCAGCGACACAAACGCCCGAUAUCACAAGACCAGCGAGUCCUUCCGAGAACGACCGCGCCCCUUUCCUGAAUGGCGGCGAAGGUUCGCGCGAAGACGUCCGCAUGGGUGCAAAGGCUUUGCGCCACGAUGCAGACAAGCCUGCGGUGGGUGUCAUGGCCCUGGCGCCCAUCCUCAGCUAUUGCGCUGCCAGUAUCACCAUGACCGUCGUCAACAAAUUCACCGUCUCUGGCGCCGGCUUCAACAUGAACCUCCUCGUCCUGCUCAUCCAGUCCACCGUUGGCGUCACAUGUGUCAUGAUCGCAGAGCGUGCCGGCCUGAUCCAGCUGCGCGGCCUCAACUCUCGUGACGUCUGGAACUGGAUGCCGCUCAGUACUAUGCUCGUCUUUGUCAUCUGGACGGGCAGCAAGGCGCUGCAGUACCUCAACAUCUCGGUCUACACCAUCUUCAAGAACCUCACCAUCAUCCUCAUCGCCUACGGAGAGGUUCUCUGGUUCGGCGGCCGCGUUACCCGCAUCGUACUCUCGAGUUUCCUCCUCAUGGUUCUCUCGUCCAUCAUCGCCGCCUGGUCCGACAUUUCCAACGUGUUUGCGAUCGGCAACCUCUCCAUGCCGCACACGCCCGACUCGAUCGCAGGAGGAAUGUCCAAAGAUCCCAACACCGGCGCCCUCAUCCCCGCUUUUGACCCGCUCAAGGCGGAAAAGGACGCCAUCGCUGCACAGAUCCAGGGUGCUUCGGCCAACGACGUCAUUGAAGGCUUCCAGGGCUACGGCCUCCUCUCGAGCGGCUACCUCUGGAUGGCGCUCAACUGCAUCUGCAGCGCCACCUAUGUCCUUCUCAUGCGCAAGCGCAUCAAAGUCACCGGCUUCAAGGACUGGGACACGAUGUUCUACAACAACUUCCUCAGCAUCCCUGUCCUCCUCGUCAUGUCCUUCCUCGUCGAGGACUGGUCGGCCGCCAACCUGCACAAGAACUUCCCGGACGACAAGCAGACCAAGCUCAUCUCUGCCAUCGUCUUUUCGGGCGCCUGCGCCAUCCUGAUCAGCUACACCACCGCCUGGUGCAUCCGUGCCACCUCCAGUACCACCUACAGCAUGGUCGGUGCGCUCAACAAGCUUCCCGUCGCCCUCAGUGGCAUGGUCUUCUUCCAUGACCCUCCCGUCACCUUCUCCAGCGUCAGCGCCAUCUCUGUCGGUUUCUUCGCCGGUCUCGUCUAUGCCGUCGGCAAGAACAAGCAGGCAGAGGCCGCCAAACUCGCAGGAACCUCUGCUUCCAACGGCUCCUCGUCGUCGGGAAGCAAGGACGGUUCGAGCCUUCCCAUGCACAAUCUCAACGACCGGAAGGAUUGA